AUGAAAACAUGCUACUAUGAACUUCUAGAUGUGGAAGUAACCGCUACAGACAAUGAACUCAAAAAGGCAUACAGAAAAAAGGCCUUACUUUUGCAUCCAGAUAAAAACCCCCACGACGUGGAAGGUGCUAAUGCCAGAUUUGCACUAGUAAGAGCUGCUUACGAAGUGCUUUCUGAUUCCCAGGAAAGAGCAUGGUAUGAUAGUCACAAAUCAGAAAUUUUGCGGGAUGAUGAUGACUACGUAACUGACGAACCUCAGGAAAUGGUCAUUCCAAGCAUAUCUGUACAAGAGAUUCUACGGUACUUUAACCCAUCACUUUAUGGACAGAUGGACGACUCUCAGGCUGGAUUCUAUAGUGUAGCCAGCAGAUUAUUCGAGAGAUUGGCGGCCGAGGAAGUCACUCACGGAAAAUACCAGCAGUUGCCCAAAUUUGACAAGCAUAUGGACGAUUCACCUAAUGUUAGUGCCAUUGAUGAGUCUUUUCUUCUAUUUCCUCGACUUGGAAACUCCCACACAGAUUAUGCCAGUGGAAUCCGGACGUUUUAUAACUCGUGGGGUAGUUUUCUGAGUGUCAAAUCGUUCAACUGGAUGGACGAGUACCGGUAUUCAGCAGCUCCAGAUCGCCGGACUCGUAGAUUGAUGGAGAAAGAGAAUAAGAAGGCACGAGAUGCAGCCCGGAAGGAGUACAAUGAGACGGUUCGUCGGUUUGUGGGGUUCAUUAAAAAGAGAGACCCGAGAGUCAAGAAGGGUGCAGAGGAGUACGAGAAUUCCCGUAGAAGACAACAACAGGAGAGUCUCGAGCGUCAGGCCAAAGAGCAGAAGCUUCAGAGAAUUGCCGACAUGAAUAACCAUGAAGUUCAGGACUGGCAGAAGAUGGACAUGGAAGAGUUGGAGUUGGUUGAGGAGAUGCUUCGUAAGGAGUUUGACUACGACUCGGAUGAGACCACCGACAGCGAAUUCGACGAGUUUGAGGAUCAGCUCAAUGAAGAGUUCUACGAGUGUGUGGUCUGCAACAAGUUUUUCAAGUCGAAAAGCCAGUUUGAGACACAUGAGUCAUCCAAUAAGCAUAAAUUAAAUGUGGAGCAACUCCGAGAGGAGAUGCUUCGAGAAGGUAUUGAAUUAGGCAUUGACAAAGACGAUAUUGAUUUGAGUGAGUUUGAGACUGCUUCAAGUGGGAACGAGGAUGAGUAUGAUAUGGAAAAUGAGAAAGACGAAAAUGAAAAUGAAAAAGAGAAGGAUGAGGAGGGAUAUGUGGAAGGGGUUGUUGAGGACGUCGUCGAUGGGAAUAUGGAGAGUGAAGAAAAACUGGAAAGUUUAGGUAAUGAUAAACUUUAUGAUUUCGAUGUCGAUGACGAUAUUGACAGUGAAGAUGAAAUCAUAGAUUCUUCAUGGAAAUCAAAAAAACAAAAGAAGAAAAGCAAAAAGCAAACCAGUUUUCCCCCAGAAGAAGUGGAAUCCAAUCCUCUAGAUGACGAUCUUGCCAAAUUGGUGAAUGGUGUAAGCUUGGACAAAGAUGAGGAUUGGGCCGACAGCAAGAAGAAGAAGAAGCCAAAGAGAAGAGCAGGUUUGGAGAAAACUGGUUCUCCUUCUCCGGCGCCGGUGCCAGACCAGAAUAGCCAGAAGAGUGUUCCGGUCAAGGUGCCUAAUGGCUCCGAAAUAUGUGCUGUCUGCAAAGAAAUCUUCACUUCUAGAAACAAGUUGUUCCAGCAUGUCAAGAAGUCUGGUCAUGCUGCACCUGUUAAGGAGGUAAAAAAGGGGAAAGGUAAGCGGAAAUAG